AGUCGCUUGUAUUUUUUUUUUUUUUUGGACGAAAGGAGAGACUAGAAGGUCGGUGUUGGGAAGGAAAAAAUCGACGGUUCAGCAGCAACAACAAUUUGUGGUGAUGUUUCGGGUGCGGAAAAUAGGAAUCGAAAACAAUGUUUCUUCCUCCUCGGGAUUUGACAUUUCGUGACGUGCCAGUGUGACAGUUCAAACAUUCCUAGGAAUUCUAUUUUUAGAGCUGUCAAGCACAUUGGCCCAUUUGAUUGCGUUUCAGUGUGAAGAAAGGAUUGUUUUCUCGUGGCGUGGUUGGAAGUCUUUUACCACGCAAGCGAUAAGUCGGUGGUUCGAAUCUGAGUAUUUAUUAUGCCCAACGUUGUGAUUACUUUCUACCCUGUGGUGUGUGUUGUAUCUGCGAUCAGCUGUUUGGGGAUCAUUCGCCAACUUUUUGCGAAAACGGGAUGUGCACCGUGUUGUGAGGAGCAAAAGGAGAGACAGGUCCAUCCAGCCGAAAUCAGUGUGCGGAUUCUCCCUAUAGAAAGGGAAGAGAGAAGUGUCGUUGCGUUUUAGUCAUCUACGUUAGCGAAGAAGACAAUCCGCUCAUUCGACGCAACUAGAACGCAAGGAAAACGAGAAGAAAGCGCUAGUAGAGAUUCGUACCUAUGCUCUCCGCGUUCUAAUUCUAUUUCUCGUCAUUAAUCCACAGCCGGCAAGAAGCUUCUUUUGCUGUUGCUACUACUGCUACCACUUGCAUUGCUACUUCUGCCCGCAUCACUCCUACCGCUGCAUUUCGAUUUUCCCGUCACAUUUUGCCGGUGCACGACCUCGUCAGUUCCCGUCCCUCCUUCGACAGGUAGAGAGGGGGAAGGGGGGGGGGGGGAGGAGCAGCAGCAGUGAUAAGAGCACGCUACGCUUGUACAGGCAAUAGAGACAAAAAGCGACAGCCGCAAUGUCCGCUGUACCACAGAAAGCAACACAACAGCCGGCUGCUCCUGCUGCUGCUGCAAUCACAAGCAGCGGAACAGGUAGCAGCAGUACGCGCUUUCGUCGGCAAAAAAUAGUUCCCUCUGUGGUGGCGAGAAAAUUCGGUGCUAACAUCAGCACCAAAAGCUCACCAAAAGUUGCAUCAUCGAAGGAAGGUGCGAAGGAGGCACCAAACCACGAGGAAUCGAAGCAAGCUGCUGGUAAAGAGGAGGAGAGAGCUACGGAGGUGAUCAAUUUGCAGCAGGAAACAGUACAAACGAUCGAAACUCCAUCAUCAUGCCAAGUCGAAGAAGCACAAGUUGCUGUAGUAAGGGAAGAUGCUCCGCAAGCAGUCAUUGCCACCAGCACGGCCAAACCACCAGUCGCUUUCCGACGCAUCAAGCCAAAGGUUGCAAUACCGCAAACACAGAAGCCGGCGAAAUCUAUUCUAAAAAAUGCCACCACUCCUGGCAAGGAAAACCCGUACGCGGAAAAGGUCGUAUGUGUGGCAAAGGAAGAUUUUGUCCACGCACUACAGAAAGAAAACAGUGGAUCUACGGUUGAUGCCGUUUCGCAGCAAAACGAUCCUGUAACUGUAACUGAUGAAUCGCUGGCACCAAAACAACAAUCCUUUCCCGGAGAGAAGGACCAGGAUACCAGUGCCAUUAGCGGCGCUUCAGCAGGGGAGUCCAUCGCAGCAUUAGCUUCCAAAACGUUGACAACAAAUACUCCCUUGGUCAAAACCAUCAAACGCACCAUGAAGAUAAGUGAUUGUGCGCCGCAAAUUGCGGAUUUGUUAAAAAGUAGCAUCAAAGGCAAGAAAUCGGCGGUCCCUGGUAAACCAGCGUCAACAAAUGGGAAGGUGGUUGUUGCGUCAAAGCCGCCGGAUCUUGAAGAGAAACUGCAAAACGUAUCUCUGACUCCAAAAACAUUACAUGAACAAGAAAAACCUCCCUCAACGCAAUGUAAACCGUCGUUCGAAAAUAGUGCUGCGGGUGUAGCUGCUGCAGAUAAAGUUCCCGGCUUAGAAAUGCGAAUCGAUAGUAUUCCACCGGUUUCCGCUUCUCCGGCAACUCCUAGCACUCCCUGCAAUGCGGCGAACGCAGUCGUCGCCGCACCCAAAACCAUCAAAAGGACCUACAAUGUGGGCCAUCUCGCACCACAAAUAGCGGACUUGAUUAAAGCUAGCAUCUGUAAGAAAACCGUCCGGUCGACGCACACUAAUGGGAAGGUAGCAACUGUAUCGAAACCGCCAGAUCCCAAUUCAAAACUCGAGCACGCAUCUUUACCUCCAAAUGCAUCACACGAACACCUAGAAAGUAAGUCGGCACAGAUGGUUGCACAGCACAGUAAACUGACCACCGAAGACUGUGCUUCGACUCUAUCGGUGACAGAUAUAGUCCCCGUCCUAGAAAUACAUCUCGAUAAGGAUUCUCCUAAUGAAACUAUUGAACCGGAUCCACAACCAGCCGAAGCAGCAGCAGAAGCAGAAAAAGUCACCGUGCUCGAACCCUGUCCGGAUGAUGCUUGCCGUCAAUCCGAAGCGGCCAUUACGAUACCACCAACCCCUUCCGUUAACCCAAAACCACCACCAGCUCCCGCCGAAAAAGCACCCACUGCUGUUGGACAAGUGUCCGGGGGCAAACAAAUCCAGAAGGUACUGAAGCUUACGCCCGAACAGUGGCAGUCAGCACUACAAAGUGCAAAAAAUCGCAAAAAAGCCAAAAACGUGAUUUUGUCCAAGGCUAAGAAUGACAAUAACAAUGUGGCUGCAACACCACCACAAGCAGCAAUUGCAACAGAAAGCAUUCCAAAUGAGCCUCCAGCAGAAGUGCCUUUUGUUGCACCUGAGGUUUCCGCCAAGUCUAGCGGCUCGACGGACGCAAACAGGGUGGUGAAUAUUAUUUCAAACAUAGUGUUGCCCCCGUUAAAUGUGCCCAACGGUUCGCCUCGUUCAGCGAAUACUCAAGUUGCUUCUGCGACGCAUGGAACGGCCACCCAUCCAAACAUUUUCAGCGUGUCCGAUGAUGCGGUGGCCAUAAGCAUGCCUACAAUGCCGCCCUGCCCAACAUCAACAGCUGCUGUUUCACCGAACGUUCCACCGAUUUAUUCUGGCCAAUACCCUAAGCUGUUGAUUUUGCAUAAACCCGCAUCGGCUUCACCUUCUGCUUUGUCCCCUGAUCCGUCCUGCGGUAGAUUAAAGUUACCUCAACAUUCCCUGAGUGUUACCGUGCUACCGAGCCAGACAGUUCGCACCGGACACUCGCCCAUCGUUCCUUCGCCGCCGAAGAGACCCUUUGCGUUACCCACGCCCGAAGUAACCGUUACACAGACAUCCCCGAAACAGACGCCUUACGCGAAUGCUGCUCCUGCCCCGCUGCCCACACCGAUUAUUUCUGUAACCGUGACACCGGCGACCAAUGAUGAUGCUAGUAACUGCUUCUUGGCUAACCGCGUGGACCCGGUGCCGGUUGAUACUCGCAUUGUUCCAAAGAUUGUAAUCGAUGAAUGUGACACGGCGGAUCACGAUGACAGCCAAGCGUCGCACUCGUCCACCUCCUCGUCAUCUUCGUCGGGCCAGCAUGCGGUGCCCAAGAAUCAACCGAAGAAUCGUUCCGACUGCUCCACAGCAACGCCAGUUAAAGAUUGUUCGACAACUACUGGAAUGGGAUGCUCACCCGACAUCCGGGACAAGCUGCGUGCGAAGUCGUUAUUUAAUUUGAAGAUGAAAAAGGAAUCCGAGCACAGCGGACAAAUUCCACGACAGUAUCCUGGCCCUGUGGCCAAUAAGCAACAAGCCAACGACGAUGCUAACAUACUUCAACGUGCUGCAUCAACAGCGGGAGUGUUAGAACGGGGUAUCAAAAAAACCGUUGAUCAUGCAAACACGGAAAGUAGCACCGAUUCCGUUGUAGCUCGAGGAGUUGUCACUAACAUUACUUCGUCUACCACACCUCAUUCGAAAACUUCCAAGCUAGAGCCACGAUAUGUGAUCUCUGAGGUGGUCAGACAAUCGGAAAGAGUAGCAGCAGUAGCAGAACCUUUAACGGAUGUGGAGAGCAACCCUGUUUUAAAGCAUGCGAAAGAACAGUCACCGGAACAGUUACGGAAGGACGUGCCGCAGAAAGGAUGUGCCCAACUAACUCCAAGCAAGUCGACGCAUACUGAAGCACAAGCAUUCGAUGUUCCAAAGAACAGUGCGAUAAACGAUGGGCCGGAAGAUGAGCCACUGGUCAAGAGUGGAUUUGAUGAUGUGGCAGCUGACACAACAGAUCCUCCAAACACGGAAAGCACCAAUGCACCAACGGUCGAUAGUACAGUUUGCGAGGAGACAAAGGAUAUUGAAGCGAAUGUAUUUUUCGGGUUUUCCAGUGCGUCCAUUGCGUACGCAGAGCGAGAUUUUGAGGACAGAUCGCGCACCAUCGAUCUGGUGCUAGCGAAAAGACAAUCCACCGAAGAAGGUAGAAGCAAGCAGGAACAGUCAAUCGAACCGGAACUGGUUGAAGUAGACAGCGAAGCAGCUACUUCUGGCGGUCCAGUUGCUGAUAAUCUCGAUCGUUCCGGUUCAAGCCCCGCUCCAAGCGAUGCUAGCUUAAAAAAGAUUGAGCAUACAACCGAUAGUGCUCAACAGAUGGAAGAAGAACCUCGGGAAAAUGUUGUAACCGACGUGCAACAGACACAAGAGCACUCCCCGGAAACGCUUUUGAACGAUAGCGUCGUGGUGAUAUCGGAUAGCGACGAAGCAGCCGCUGAAAAUGAACGAGAAAAUGACAACAACAAGAAGCCUGCUGAGGAAGUGACGGACUGUGUAGCGAAUGAAAGGUUGGAAGAAAAUGAGCCAACUCCACCACUACACCAGGCAGCAACAACAGGCGUUGAUUUGAUCAUCGCCAUGGCAGCAAUGAGGCGCCAGAAGCGUAUCCCUUCUGCUGAGGAUACAUCGGAUCGGGAGUAUGAGAUUGAUGCGACGGAAGGGGCACCUGCAACCCAACGCCCACGAUCAUCAAGAUCAACACCAUCCACUGCUUCCCGUGGCGGUCCGCUUGGCCACCGGAAAGAAAGGCACAGGUAUAAAAGAAGCCUCGUGAAACUGUUGUGGAAGCACGUGGAUGUUGCCGCUCUUGUAAAGGAUUUGGUGGACCAAGAGAAGCGUCGCUUUGGUUAUCAGUCGUCAUCUGAUGAACAAGAGAUGAGCUCGAAGUCGGAAUCGGAUGAGCUUACCCCUUCCAGCGAUGGGUCAUUGCCAGAAAAAACGAUUCUGGAUCGAAUUCUUGCUAAAGCGCGUACAGCACGAGGCAGCAGUGCGGGUGAUGGUGUCGUCGAGAAAUUGUCGGCCGAAUGUGACCAACAGCGAACAGCACAAUUUGACCAAAGAGAUGAGACGGAGCCAUGUUCCGUGUUCAUCGGUGAUAAAUGUACGGAAGCGAGGAAUGAGCUUUUGCCCUCCUUCGCAAGCUUGCCAGCUCGAUCGGUUGCUCCUGUAGCGCAAAGCAAUGAAGCAUUCGUCCAAGAGCAGCCCAUUACUGCUGUCUGUGAUAAAAUCGAAACGAAUGUCACAAUCUGUGAUACAUCGAGCAGUGCUGUAACAGAACUGAACAAUACUCCCACUGAACAAGUACAACUUGCACCUGGUAGUAGAAAACGACGACUGGCGGAAGCGGCUAGACGCUUCGCGAAGCGCAAAUCAUCCGGACGGAAAAGGCCAAAGCUUAGCAAAGCGGCUACUGCACCGAUCGAGAUGCCGCUCUUCCGGUUCAAUAGUUCGGAUGGGUCGCGCGACGAGGUAGUUUCGGACUGCUCGUCGGAUGGAUUAUCGACGGUGGAAGUGGCCUAUAGCAGCAGCAGCAUCAGCAGAAAGCCAGCAAACGAAGCUAGAACGGAAAAUCUUCCGUCCGGAAGUAAAGGAGAACCGCUGGGCAGAAGUAGGAUAGGCAGAAGGCGAUACUCGAGCAGUAGCAGUAGUAACAGCAGCACUAGCCGGAACAGUGUCAGUCUCAGCCCUGACGGUACGUUGUCCGCUAGAGGCGUAUCGAAGUCAGGCAAGAGGCGCAAAGCGCGUUGUCGAACGAAACGUAGCGAGCAUAAACCCGCCACCGUUGUUGCUACCGUCGAUUGCGACACCAGUCCUUCCACGUCCACUACUUCCAACCUAGAUGCGUCGCAGGUGGCCGGUCAAUCGACACCAGCAGCAGUAGGGCAGGCAGCAGCAGCACCUCGCGCUUUCGACAAUGUUAGCUCGAGGAACAAUCGCGGUUUAAAGCCUGCGGAAGAACAGCCACCGGAACAGCUGGGGAAGACUGUGCCGAAAAAGGGUCGUGCCCGAGCAACGGCAAGCAAGUCGAAGCAAGCCGAGCCUCAAGCAUUCAAUGCUCCAAACAACAGUGCAAUAAGCGACCGGGUCAACAGCUCCGUGCACCAUGAUCCGGAGGAUGAGCCGCUGGUCAAGUGUGGUAACUGUGGUGGUGAUGUGGUCGCUGCGGCCUGGGAGGAUCAUGCCAACUAUCACAAUGGAGCAGCGUAUCGGGUUGGGGUCGACGCAACGCUAGACAUGAAAAACGUGAAAGCGAUCUCAACGGCGAUCUUGCGCUUUAUGAAACUGCAUAACCGCAAGGAGUUGGCCUGCGAACGGUGCGGAAUGGUGAAGCGAUCGGGCGUCGGGAUGGCAUCCCAUUACAUCUCGUGCGGGCUUACGGAGCUGGAGCUGGAGCAGAGCAAACCGGCCUGUGUGCACUGUGGGCGGAAGAUGAAAGCCGUCAGCCUGUUGGUGCAUCAGCAGCAGCACUGCCGCGUGCUGAAGGAACAGCAACGUCAAAGCGCGGCCAGCGAAAAAAGAGACGAUUCGUCUGCUGCCGCCAAAGAGACGACUGCGAGUGGCCGGAAGAAGCGGAAAUCGGGUGCCAGCGCCGAACGGAUGAUUAAAAAGAUGUCCAAAGAAAUAAAUGAAGAUCCGGUCCGUGAGUUGAUGGUGGAAGUAACUGGCCGUGGAGUUAGCAACGCCAUCAUGCAGUGUUGGCUGUCACACCUCAGGCAAUCGGAGCAAGCCGUUUGCAGUUCGCACGAGUGCCCGUUCUUUGGGAUGACAUCGGAGCACAUGCGCCGGGAGCAUGAUGGUAAUGGUGGAGCCGACCCGAAACCACUGUUCCAGUGUGGCAAAUGUACGUACAUGUCGUCGAGUCAGGACGGGAUCAAGUCACAUCUUACCACCGAACAUCCUCUGGUGAUGCGGCAAGUUGCUGCCCAACGGCGUCAAACGCCUAAUCUAACCAGUGGUAGCGAUUCUGAUGUCUACACCGGAUAUAAGGAUGGCAGCACCACGGACGAUUAUGACAGCUUUGCGCCUGAGGAUGAGGACGAAGGGAAAGGCAACAAAGGGAGCAAGGGAAAGAAGAGCGCAUUGAAACCGAAAAAGACGCCAAGCAAGGCCGGCAGCAAGGCGAUCUCGGCGGAAUUGCUGUUGGAUUCUUCCAUGGUGUCGGGCGGCGCUGACGAAACGGAUGUGUAUAAAGAGAUGGUACUGCAGGAAUCGAUAGAAUACAAGCAGGAUAAGCUAAAGUAUCAUCUGAUGUCCGCAAAAUGGACGGAAGAGUUCCGCCGAACGCAUUACGCGGCACGGCUACUGUUUGCCGAUUUACGUCCGGACGUGGACGCAUCCUAUCUGCGGUCGGUUGCCAACCUGAAAGACUAUCUCCCAAUAGCAACGUGCUCGAUGCGCUACGUGCAGUGCAACUCGGGCCAAUACGAACCGGGGUACACGGCGGAAAAGUUUACACACCGCUGGCAGCAGAAGCAAACGUUCGACGGUGAAGCGCUUGGGUGCGAAUCGAUGUUCUUCUGCGGUGGGCCGGUCGUAUCACUCGACUGGCUGCCGUUGCCGGACGGGGCCGGGAACGAUUGUGAUCAGUUCCUGGCGGUGGCUUGCAAGCAGCGGUACGAUGAGUAUUACAGCUGCGAGCAACUCGCAAUGCCCCGGCGGUCGCACAAGUGCCUGGUGCAGAUCUGGAACGUUGGUCCUAUUCAAAACAUUGGAUCAACGAAGAUUACACUUCGGUGCCCACGAUUAGCAUUCGCCAUCGCGUGCGAUUAUGGUCCCAUCUGGCAGCUGGCCUUCUGCCCUAGCGGAUGCUACAACGAUCCCGCCCAGGAGGGAGACAAUCUCGAUCGCCUAGGUUUACUGGCGGUAGCCGGUUCCGACGGGGACGUUCAUUUGUACGCGUUAAGCCGAAGCAUGGCAGACGGCGAUGCGUUGUUCCCUCGAAUUUUACCGCUUCGACCAGCUAUGCUACUGUCGCUUAGUUUGUCCGUUGAAUCACACAACGAACCUGCCUCAGACUUUACCGGACGAAGCGUGCAACGGAUUGCGUGGUCACGGGAAAAGGGACACAACGUGCUGGCGGCCGGCUACUCGAACGGGGUCGUGGCGGUUUGGAAUCUAUCCGCGCAAUCGUCCCUGCUCUGCGGGACGAAACACGGCAUCCGAACACUGCUGCCCGUGCACAAGGUUCUUCACUCUAGCAGCAGCUGUAUUACGGCACUGGAUCUGCACUACAGCUCCGGCACACGGUUUCUCGUGGUUUGCAAUGCCGACCGACGGUUGAAGGUGUACGAUCUGGGCUCCGGGCUGUACCAACCGUCGGAAACGUUGAGUAUGGUGGUGCGUAGUCGCAUCUCGGCCGUCCGCUGGAUGCUCCACUUCCCGGUACUGGUGAUCGCGUACGACGAUGCACUGUACAUCGACCGGUGUGCGUACAGUGUGCAUCAGCAGCGUGAUAUUGGUUUGCGCAUGUUUAACAUCUUUACAGUGGGGUCCGAAAUGACGGAUCUUGGGACGAAUGAUUGGCACAGUACGAAUGCGGUGGCGACCGGUGGAGGAGAUUUGGUAUGCCAUCGGCCGGUACCGUUUGUGCACGGUAUGAACUACAAGAAGCUACCACAGAUUUUAACGACAACCAUCCCGAUGAAGCUGAAAGCUGGUGACGAUUCUGUUGACGUUUCGUAUUAUGGUGGAUUCUCCGAAGAGUAUGGCCUCCUAUUUGCCGACACUGAUAAGGUCCCUACCGCUAUGGACACAACGGCGCUGCAUUUGAAAACGUGGCGUCGCGCAAAGUUCAACCAUUAUCCCGCCGUCCGCCUGAACCAAAUCCGGUGGAAUCCAAACUGCAACGCCUACAAAUACUACGCCAUCGGUUACCAGGCAGGGUUCGUCCGCGUACGAGUAUUACGGUCCUAGGGGUUAGGGUGUUCGCUCAUCUUCAUCUGUCGUUGCCAUUCCAUCGCAUAAUGAUUUAGUGUAAGUUUUAGUAACAAUUUUUUACGUUAAUCUAAUGUAUUGUUUUGCAUUUGCAUUUGUAAAGAAAAUAAAAAAGAAAAACCUGCAAAA